AAAAAAACAAGCAAGAAGUCAGCUGACUUCUUUGGGCAGUUCUGCGUUGACAGCUCCAAGUGUGCUUUGGUGUCUGAGGAAAGAGAAACCCUGCUGAAGAAUAUGAAGAAAAACCGAGAACGGUUCUGCAACAGGGAAAGAGAAUUCGUGUAUAAAUUCCAGGUAGGACGUGAGCACUUUGAGCUGAGAGUGCCCCUCAGGUUUCCUGUGGACGAAAAUGCCAGUCAUCUGCACGGACGUCUGAUGCUGCUGCACGACUUGCCCUGCUUCAUAGAGAAUGACUUGAAAGAAGCUCUGAGCCGGUUUAUAGAAGAAGAAACCCUCAGAGACCAUGACAGCGACGCGGAAGCAGGCUUGGAGGCUGUUAAGUCUGGUGAAAUAGAUCUCCACCAGCUGGCGAGUGCGUGGGCCAAAGCCUAUGCUGAGACCACCUUAGAGCAUGCGAGGCCUGAGGAACCUAACUGGGAUGAAGACUUCGCAGAUGUAUACCAUGACCUAAUCCAUUCCCCGGCCUCUGAAACUCUCUUAAAUCUCGAACACAAUUACUUCGUUAGCAUCUCAGAAUUGAUUGGUGAAAGAGACGUGGAGCUGAAAAAGUUACGAGAGAGACAAGGUAUUGAAAUGGAAAAGGUGAUGCAGGAGCUGGGGAAAUCGCUCACAGAUCAGGAUGUGAAUUCACUGGCUGCCCAGCACUUUGAAUCCCAGCAAGACUUAGAGAAUAAAUGGUCAAAUGAACUGAAACAAUCUACAGCUAUCCAGAAGCAAGAAUAUCAGGAAUGGGUGAUAAAACUUCAUCAGGACCUAAAGAACCCGAACAACAGCUCCCUCAGUGAAGAAAUUAAAGUGCAGCCGAGUCAAUUCAGAGAAUCUGUGGACGCCGCUGGAAGGAUUUACGAGGAGCAGAGGAAGCUGGAGGAAAGCUUCACCAUUCACCUGGGAGCCCAGCUGAAGACCAUGCACAACCUGCGGCUGCUGCGGGCAGACAUGCUGGACUUCUGUAAGCAUAAGAGAACUCAAGGAAGCGGUGUGAAACUUCACCGGCUGCAGACGGCACUGUCGCUUUACUCCACGUCUCUCUGUGGCCUGGUUUUACUUGUAGAUAAUCGAAUUAAUUCAUAUAGCGGCAUCAAAAGAGAUUUUGCCACAGUCUGCCAAGAAUGCACUGACUUCCACUUCCCACGGAUUGAGGAGCAACUGGAGGUUGUCCAGCAGGUGGCGCUGUACGCGAGAACCCAGCGCAAGAGCAAGUGCAAGGAGGCGCGCGAUUCUGGAAACCAAAAUGGAGGAAGUGAUGAUAAAUCUAAGACUGCUGAGAGAAACUAUUUAAAUAUUUUACCUGGAGAAUUUUAUAUCACACGUCAUUCUAAUCUCUCGGAAAUCCAUGUCGCUUUCCAUCUCUGUGUGGACGACAAUGUAAAGUCAGGAAAUACCACUGCUCGCCAUCCUGCUAUUAUGGGACUCCGAAAUAUACUCAAGGUUUGCUGUACCCACGACAUCACAACGAUAAGCAUCCCUCUCUUGCUGGUACACGAUAUGUCAGAGGAAAUGACUAUACCUUGGUGCUUAAGGAGAGCAGAACUGGUAUUUAAGUGUGUCAAAGGCUUCAUGAUGGAGAUGGCUUCAUGGGACGGAGGAAUUUCUCGGACAGUGCAAUUUCUGGUACCACAGAGCAUUUCUGAAGAAAUGUUUUAUCAGCUGAGUAACAUGCUCCCACAGAUCUUCCGGGUCUCCUCAACACUCACUCUGACAUCCAAGCACUGAACUCUUAUAUACUGACACACUGACAGAAGAGGAUUUCUGGACUCUCUGAGAGAACUUCCUGGAAUCCUGUUAAGCAAAAGGUGCCCAGUGGGACCCGAGCCACCUGUUAAUGAUGAUGUACAUUAUCAAACAUUCCAAAUAUGUGUGAACUUCCCAGACCAGAAGCCAGCUCCAACCGAAGCAUUUACUCCGGCCCUCUAUGAAAUAAUAGCUCUUCUUUCUACUUAUAUGUCCCGUCAGGGAAUGAUAAUGUUAACACUUAAAAUGUUUCUCAAAUGUGGACACCUAUAUUUCAUUGCAUUUCCAUGGAGACCUCUGACUUUCCCGAGGCAUGAGUUCUAUAUUAGGUAAAAACAUAAUUAGGCAUACAAGAGCAAUAUUCCUUUUAUUUUAUUUGUCAAAUCAAAAUUUAAGUAUAAAUUGCAAGUAUAAGUUUCUUGUGAAAAUGUUUUUGUAGCAAUGUAAAUAUACCAGACAAAUGUGCUUGUUUUAAAUUCUCCUGUUUCAAACCCUGGCUUUUCCUCUUCUCUUUCUAAGGUUGUAUAAGUUAGAGUCAGAGAAGGCUUUGAAUUCCUUACUGCUGUCUCACCUUCCCUCUGUGACCUUGCCCAUGUCUAUUAAUAACUUUUCAUGGGCUGGGAAAAUAGUGUUCUUUUUUGCCGGCCUGAUGUAAGUUAGUGUAAACCCACGCCUGGCAGCAUUCUGGUGCUCUGCAGCGCUGACAACCAGAUCGCUUUCACUUCGCCAUCCCCCUGGAUUCCCUGUCUCACCAUUCCUCCACACCCAUCUCCACAGCAGAAACGGCAUUCAGAUUUCUGUCUCUGAUCUCUGAUGUUUAUCUUCUUUUGUCAUAGUUGGCUUUUGGGGUUCUCUUUCCUCAUAGGCUGCUUGUCAUGUAGCCCAUGUAUUGCUAAGAGCAGCGACUACCAGUAACAAGGCAUUUACAGCAGCACACAGAUAUCUAUAAAGGCAGAAGUCUCUUCACAUCCAGGUACUAUGGGGUGUUGGUACUACUCAGUAGAACGAAAUAUGAAGUCUUUAGUGUCAUGAUAAAGUGAUAUUUCUUGAUUUGAAUAAAACAAUCAUAGUAAUCUCUUAGUGUGCCAGAGUGUCAGAACUAUGGCAGACACUCUGUUGGUACUUUCCCAUGGAGGAGUAUCUCUCGGUUUUCUACUCAAGGAAGAGAUGGAACACCUAGUCCACACUGACCAUCAGACACUAAUUUUUCCAGGUUCUUUACCAAGGGGCUUGGUACUGCAAAUGGAGAUUCCCCAUUUCCUUGAAGAAAUGGUCUUCAAGCACCAUUGCUCUCAUUAGAAUUAAUUCUGAUGCAGGGCAGAUGGUUAGAAUCAGCGACUAUUCCUGAAGACAUUUAAGGAUACACCAGCAGAUUGAACUGUGAUGUGUAGAAGGAAUCUCUUAUGUCUGUUUGGAAGCUUCACCUGUCAAAUAAAGCUGAUUGGCCUGUAGCUGAGGCAGGAAAUAGAAGGUGGGAGUUCUGGUAGGAAGUAAGGACUCUGGGACAGAGGGUAGGUGGGAUUCACCUGGGAACAUGAAGAACAGAAGCGUGGGAACCAAGCAGAGGUAAUUAGUCACAUGGCAGAACUUAGAUUAGAAUAAAUGGGUUAUUAAGUUAUAAUCGAAUCAGGGAACCAACCAAAGCUCAUGGCCAAGGUGUUUGUAAAUAUAAUUGAGUCCCAGAGUCUUUACUUCUGGGAACAGGGUUGUAGGAGGAAAAACACAUCUCGACAGAGCUGCAUCAGGGUGCUGGAACUGUUUGAUCCAGAGAAGGAAGAUAAAGUUUUCUGUAUCACCUCAAGGCUGUUUUACUAAGUUACUUGUAAAGUGAGGCCUUCACUUAAUGACGAUAUAAAAUACAACUUGACCGGCAAAAUCAAGGCAAAUAAAUUGAGUAUCCAUUUUUUA